ACGCGCACACCAGUGCUUGCCACCCAACACUUUCCCGCCAAACGUUGUGAUGUCAUUUUGAACAUCUGCAUUGUAUGUUCUGGGUCUCUUUACGUUGUGACGCUGAUGCGUAAGCCUUUGUGAUUUCACUGCUCAGCCUGAAGGAGCGCUAAUGAGUCAAUUUCGCACUGCUCGUGAAGGCUACAGUCAUGGAAUUACUCUGUCUUCAUAGUACAGCAGAAUAGACGCUUUUGACAGACACUGUCAAAGAAUAAGAAUACAUUGAUAAACUCAAUUUUUUUACAUGAUUCUAAGAAGCUGUUGUGUGGUGGUUGUGUGGCGUAGACACUGGUAGACACAGAAAAUGUUAUGUGGGUGGUAUACACGAUGUAGUGUAUGAUGUUAUAUUGUUUAUUGUAAAGUAAUAUAUUUGAAGAUAUUUACAAUAAUUUGUAAUUUUUGUAAUGAUGCGGGUUUGAAGAGGAAUUGCAGUAGUGGUGUCAUCUGAUUGAAUUCUGGAAACCUGAAACCUGUUGUGAGUGACUCUAGUCAAGUGAUGUGGAUGUGCAAUGGUGGUGUGUCAGUCACAGUCAAGUCUGGUUAAAGGUGUGGAAUCUUCACCCGAUAAUGGAGAAAAUGAUUAUGAUACAGACAGCAAUGAUGAGGUAGCACCAAAAACAUUCGCAAAUUUAGCAUCUGAAACCAACAGUGAUGCAGUUGCAAAAUUUGAAAAUAUUUCCGUUUGUAAUUCAAGUGAUGUGCAUUUUGGUAACAAAACUUUUUAUAAUGGCCCUGUUACUAUUAAGCAGUUUGUUUAUUCACCUGAAGAAAGUUCGGACUGUAUUGUGCUUUCCAAUGAUGAAAGACGCUCCAAUAUUGACCACAGAGUUAAAAAGCCUAGUGGUAUGCCUACCUCAGAGUCAGCUCAGGCAUACCCUUCCAGUAUGUUUGCACAAAUUGCUGAUGUGAAAUCUAAUGAUGUCCGUCACUUGCCCAACUCAUUUUCAUCUGAACAAAACUCGAAAUUUGGUGAAGGGUUUCUCCUGAAAUAUAUUUGUUGCUGUGGGCCACCUAUACGUUAUAUAGUUACGGCUGCUGCAGUAUUACUUUCUACUGUUCUUCUAGUUGCAUUGACUGUUUUGGUGCUGAAGUAUGAAAAUCGAAUAUCCAACAGCCCUGUUGUGCCUCCCGAAACAGUUAUGGGCCAAACUGGAGCUACUAAUUUCACCCUAAGUGGAAAACUUCGUAUAAUGCAGCGUAAGGAGUGGCUGGCUCAACCACUUGCUGCUCCUUUGCCUAUUCUUACUACACCAGUGCCAUAUGUUAUCAUUAGUCACACAGCUACUGAACAGUGUUUAAAAAUAGCGGAGUGCAUAUUACAAGUACGAACAGUGCAAACAUUCCACAUAGAAAGUAGAGGUUGGUGGGAUAUUGGAUACAACUUCUUAGUUGGAGGUGAUGGAUUUGCAUAUACUGGUCGUGGUUGGGACACAAUUGGAGCACAUGCUUAUGGUUAUAAUAAUGUAAGCAUAGGCAUAAGCUUCAUAGGAACAUUUAAUACUGUUUUGCCCCCUGCAAGACAGUUAACAGCAGCGAAGCAGUUGAUAGAACUCGGAGUUAAAUUAGGAAAAAUAUCUGAAAAUUACAAAUUAUUAGGCCACAAACAAGUGUCUGCGACUGAAAGUCCAGGUAAUGUACUGUAUCAGGAACUUCAGAAAUGGCCUCACUGGUCUGAACAUCCAUAACUAUUAAUUACAAUUUCAUUGAGAAUUACAAAGAUUAUGAGUAUGCAGAUUUUUUGAGGUGAAAUCUCUUAUACUAUAAAUGUUAUAAAUGUUUGAAGAUUGAGUGGAAAUAUUAUUGGAAUUACUGAUUAUGAAUUGUUCCAGCGUGUUUGGAAUAAUACAUUUUUACAUGAUAACCCGGCCUGUUUCUUUAGGCUAGAUCCUAGAUUAAUGUUGAUGUUGAUUCCAAGUGAUUUUAUUUUCUCAGAGCCUUUUGUUUCAGACUUUUGACUCGCUUACAAACUUAUAGGUAAUUAAAACUAUUAUAAUUUGUGAAAGAGUUUAUUAACCAUCAUCUUUUAUUUUCAUUAAAUAGCAUCUGAAAUACUCUUAUAAUAUCAUAGUUUAUAUUAUAGGCAGUGAAAUGAAAUUGGUUUAUUUCUAAUAUCAUAGACUCCUAUCUCCAUAAGCAGAAGAACACAAUUUGUCAAUAAGUGCCUUUUAAAGAAAGUAUUUCGUCCUGUUUUUGACAGUUUGUCUUUAUGAGCUAUUGAAAUAGCAAUAUAAUGUAUUAAAAGGAAUUGGCCAUAGAAGUUGUAAUUAGUCACAUUCCCAUUUUGGAGUCAUUGACAUUUAUCUAGAUACAUUAGAGAGACAAGGAAAGGAUUGUGACAAGGAAACUGAUUUUCAUCAUUCAAAAUAGCUAGGAAAAAUGUUUUGCACAACACAGUCUAUGUGAAUAUACAUAGUUUUGAAAAAAAAAUAGAAAAUACUAUUGUUUUUCUGCCACAAGGAAGAUUAAAUGAAAGCCUUUUUAUUGUCAUUGGAUUUAUGACAGUAAUAUCUUUUUAUUUUUUUAUUUUUUUUUCUAUUCAUCCUCUCGCCAUAUUGUAUGGAAGACAGAUGUCCCCAAAAAUAAGGAAGAAUGAUCUUCAUUAUCUGCACAAUUUUAUGAGAUUAGAACUGCCAGUGUGCUAGCCUGCUGAUUCAAGAUCACGGCUUUUGAAAUUGGUGUACCAAAGAAUGAUAUUGUUUUAUCUAUUUAAGAAGUUCAGUUCAUAAAGAAGUGGUUUAAUGAGUUUCAAACCAAACGGCAGUUGGUAUGUUGUGCAGAACCAGCUGAUUUUCAUCAUUCGAAAUAGCUAGGAAAAAUAUGUUUUGCACAAAAAUAAUUCACCUGAAAAGAGCAGCCAUAUCAAUAACUUUUUUAAACUGUAUUUAACACGCGUUGUACAUUUUUCAAUUUUGUAAGUCUCUAUUAUUGCCUGAAGAGUAUACCAUAGCAGGCUGAUGAAUGCAAGUCUUAUUUCCCUGUUAAUUUUACAAAUUGCUUAAUUGUGCCUUAAUAUCAUUCCUGAAAUAUGUACAUUGGUCUUUGGAAUUCAUUAAGAAUCUUUUAGAGGUUCCACUUCUAACACCUGAAUGCUCAUGCAUCUCAUUUAUGAAAAGGAUGACCAUUUUUAUGGGAGUAAAUGAAUAUCUCCUGAAUGGUUCAACCCAGAACUCUUCAAUUUGUAUCCAGAAAUCAUAAGAGGGUCAACCAGGUACAAUAAAUUAACAAGUGUGUGUUGUUUUUGGAUAUGACCUUUUUAAUUAAUUUUUGUCCACUGGAAUAGAAAAUUUUUCAUCAAACAGCCCAUGCAGAAACUGAACCAGGGAGAUACCAUUGGUUUCUUCUGACUCCUACCACUCUUGACUGAUUCAUGAGUUCACAUGAAACUGAGACAUUGUUAAUGUAUAUUCUAAUUGUAUAAAAUAUUAUUAAAACAAUUCUUAUGAACUUGUGCUAAUAAGAGAUUUUUAUGUAAAAUAUGUAUAUUAAAGUUGUUUUCAUAGAU